GUUAGGAUGGUUGAAGUGCUCACCGCGGUCGAUGUUCUGCCAGAUGAUGUCGAUGUAAUUGUCACGAUCCCAUCGCUCUGCAAAUUAAAAUCCAGUGUGAUCGAUGACAAAAGGUUGCGGCGACCGGAUGAGCGAAUACCGGUUUGA